AUGUAUCAAGCUCAAGGCUAUACUACGGGCACUGAAGGAUUUGCCGCCGAUUUCAAUGAUUCAGACAACAUAACAGACACCCGCUCAGCCCCUAGUGGUGGCGGCUACUACAAAUAUCAAUGCAAAUACUGGAUGACUUUCAAUUGUCCACAAUGGGUGAACAACGCACCUUGUGCACACUGUCUCGCCGAAGGAAGAGAUGAUGAACAUCCAAUUGCAAGUGUUUCCCUCCUGAAAUCAGACAUGAAUAUUUCUUUAGUCACCGGCUUUGAGCUUCUUGCUAUGCUGUGGCUUUGGAGUUGUUCGAGCUGA